GACGUAAAGCCGGAAGUCGUACUGAAUGCGUCUCUUCGUCUUUGAAGAUGGCUGCCCUAGUGGUUUUGUCCACGUCUCCGGGUUUACAGUACUCAAAUGAUGACUAUUAUUUGCACAACCUGGGACCUAAGCCUGAUGUCGUUCCCUCAGGGAUGACGGAGAGGAAAGCUUUUCCACCGGAUAAACCUGACAUGAUCGCUGUAGAUGUCCUUAGUAUUACGGGAUCAGCAGAUGUGCCUGUGCACAGAAGACGGCAGCAACCUGACUCUUACGUUUUGGGAACUAUCCAUCCUUUUCGAAAGUCAACCAAGUCGUGGAUUGGAAAGUUUUGUCGUGAAUUCCAACUAGUUGCUACUGAUAGAAGGUCUUGGAAAAUCUUGUUGUUUGCAGGGCUGAACUUGGUUUGUACAACAUUUCUUUUAAUGUGGUGUAGUUCUACAAACAGUAUGGCUUUAAUGGCCUACACAUACCUAACAUUUUUCAAUUUUUUCAGUUUAGUAACAUGUUUGAUAAGCUCGUGGGUGUCACUGAAAAAGAACAGCUCAGUGUAUUCGUUUGGCUUUGAAAGGUUAGAAGUAGUAGCAGUUUUUGCUUCUACAGUGAUGGCACAGCUUGGAGCUCUCUUCAUUCUAAAGGAGAGUGUGGAACGUUUUCUGGAGCAACCCGAAAUACAUACUGGAAGGCUGCUUGUUGGCACUUUUGUGGCUUUGAUUUUUAACUUGUUAACUUUGCUAUCAGUGAAGAAUAAACCAUUUUCUUACGUAUCUGAAGCUGCAAGUACAAGCUGGCUUCAAGAGCAUGUGGCUGAUCUUAGUCGAAGUUUGUGUGGAGUUGUUCCAGGACUCAGCAGUGUACUUCUUCCACGGAUGAACCCUUUCGUUUUGCUUGAUUUGGCAGGGGCACUUGCACUGUGUCUUACUUAUAUGUUAAUUGAAGUCAACAACUACUUUGCAGUGGACACUGCUUCAGCAAUUGCUAUUUCUGUCAUGACGUUUGGCACAAUGUACCCCAUGAGUGGGUGCAGUGGGAAGGUGUUACUUCAGACGACUCCUUCGCAUCUGAUUGGUCAGUUGGAUAAACUACUUAGGGAAGUUUCCACACUUGAUGGGGUUCUGGAAGUUCGCAAUGAGCAUUUUUGGUCACUUGGAUUUGGUAGUCUGGCUGGCUCUGUGCAUGUUAGAAUUCGAAGAGAUGCCAGUGAGCAGAUGGUACUGGCUCAUGUGACUAAUCGUUUGUCAACACUUGUUUCUACUUUGACAGUUCAGAUUUUUAAAGAUGAUUGGAUAAGACCAACUUUAACAGGAACAGGUUCGACUAGUGUGUUGUAUUUCCAAGACCACAGCAGUAUUCCCACAGUCCCAGCUGUUUUGGGAACACAGGAGUCCAAACUCUUGCAGUCUUCAUCAGACAAAACAAGUGGACCACCACCUGAAUUUUCAUUCAAUACACCAGGAAGAAAUAUCAACUCUUUUAGUGUUUCUGCUUCACAGACUACCAAACCUUAUGGCGUUCUUUUAAAUUAUGGAGGUAGUACUAGUCUCAGUCAAGGACCCCGAAAUCCUAGUAUGGGUAUAGGUCAGGUACUAAGGACUGGACUAAGUAAUAUGCCUGGCAGAUAUGGACAAAGCUCUCAAGGCUCUUUCAGUAAUUUUAGAUCUUAACAUUCAAUACUGCAUUACUUGUUUUAUGGAACCAUACUUCAUGAAACUUUUGUCAAACAUAAUGUUUGGUGCUCAGUAUUUACUGCAGUGACUGCACUUGUAUGGGGAACAACUUUUUGAAAAUAGUUUUGUUAAAACAUAUACUUUAAGGGUAAGAUCUUUAAUAAAGAGAAAUGGACAGGACCGGUAGAACUCAAA